ACUGUCCUCCUGUUGCUCGCGGUGGCGGCCAUGGCGAUGGGCCGAUCAGCCGACCCCUAUCACCCUCCGUAUCCCGACGCCCCCGCAGUGUAUGACUAUCAGUAUGGGGUGAAGGAUGACCUAAGCGGCAACAACUUCGGCCACGAGGAAGCCCGCAACGGUUACAACACCAAAGGACAGUACUUUGUCCUCCUCCCCGACGGGCGCCUGCAGACCGUCCAGUACACCGUGAACGGAGACGAAGGCUUUGUGGCCAGUGUCGGAUACUCUAACCGUCGCUGACAGGAAUCUAUUAAGAAUGCGCUGUAGUUGUCAAGCUCAUUUUGAGGCAGUUCAGAUUUAUUCAUAAAUAUUUUGAAAUGUACGUUAUCAGAUCACUAACAUACAUCAGUCAUUACUAAACAUUAUAUUUAUUUG